AUGAAUUUUGGAAAUAAUUGCUUUAAUUAUAUCCGGGAGGCCUUCCCCCAACAUCAAGGUGUACAGCAAAUCUUCACCAACCUGGCAGAGAGCACUUCUCUCCAUGGCUUGGCCCCUACCACUGGUUCUGGGACAAUCACCCAGCCAGGAGUUUGGCCUGAGUACCAUGGAUAUCAGCCCCAGCAACACUCUGGGCUACUGGGCAGUGCCACUGCUCUGCCUCAACGCCUGCCUGUACCUGAGAUCCAGGUCCUCCAUCCCAUCCACCCUCAGGGAUUCCAUGGGGGAGUGACCUUCCAGGGAAGAGCUGUACCCUUUGAUCACCAGCUGCAAGGCUCCAUGGUGCUUGUGGAUGCUCUGGGUCACCAGCAGGGUACCCCUGUGGCCUCCCACCCACAGCUGCAAGCGUCCCUUGAGACUAUGGAUCGUACAGACCUACACUACAGUGCCUCUAUGACCUUCACAGCUCCACAAAUGCAAGCUCCCGUCAUGCGGGUGGUUGCCAAUGGACAGCAGCUUGGCGCCUCUGGGCUUUUCUUCACCCCACAACCUCAGGCCCUACUGCACGAUGCCCCUGUGCCAGUGUAUUCAGCAGGCCUGCAGCAUGCCAAUGCUGUUGCUUUGAAUUCUCAAGUGGCACCUUUCGUGGCAGUAAAUACCACGCACCUUCAGCAUGUGGCUCCCAUGCCCCAAGAGUCAAGCGCCUCAAUGCAGGUUGCCUGCAACCCACAGCUGCCGAUGAUUGAAGUGCUGACUGCUGGACCUAGCAGCGCCAACCUGACCAGGCCUGCACCGGUGGUGAAGCCUCCAUCUCAGCAGUGCCAGCAGGAUUCCAAGGCUUCCUACUCCAACAUGCACAAAUGCACAACUGCUUCCUCAAGGCCAGUGGCAACUAAAACCACUGUAGCUGACAAGCCCAAGAAGACCUGGAAUGAAGACCUGCAAGCCAUGCUUGAGUGCCCUGUGCCCAGCAGCACCUGCUCACAGGAGAGCCUGGUGGCUAAGAAAGAAUCAAAGAAAAGGCGGGCAGAAGGUGCCAAGCAGAAGGACAAGGGUCCCUCCACCAACACCCAGGCACCAAAUACAGCCCUCACCAAGAUCACCAAAGACCAGACACCUAAAAAGGCCAGAUCUGAGAUCAACAAAGAUCAGGAAGCUAAGACAUCCCCCACCGGGGUGGGCAAGGCCAACACUGUCCUGCCCAAGGAGUCCAAGGAGGCUGAGAAGAACAAGGACAAGAAAAGAAAGCAUCAACCUGACACAGAUGAGAUUAACAAGAGGAAGGAGAAACGCUGUAAGAAAGCAAAGCAGGAUGAUGUUUCCCAAACAUCUCAGUCUGAUCGCCGUGCGUCAACAAGUUCCAGGACAAAGCAGCUGUCAAACAUCCCCUUCGCUAGACGUUUCAAAGUUCCCAAGGAGCCAAAUCACAGUGCACCUGUGCGCAGUAUAAAUGCUGGAAAGGUGCCCCCCCCUGCACCCAGCCAGCAGCGCAAGCCUACCCAGCUUCUGUAUGACGCGAGUUUCAUUGAGGCCUGUACACCUCUGCGCCCUCAACAGCGUCCCCGUCACCACGGUCAGCGCCACCAGAGUCGUUCACAGCUGAGCCACCCACAGCACGCUGCCAGCAGCGCCAGCACCAGCCGUACGUGUGGCCAUGUGAAGACAACUGUGUGAUGUGGAGAAGUUUGAGGAGUGCAAGUAGGGAGGCAGGGAUGAACGGGACCAUAAACCUUUAGUCUACAGUCUUGUCCCUGUUAUAGCAGAUGAUUCUUUUACAUUUGGCACAUCUGUUUUAUUCUACCGAUGAUUAAUACUAUGUUUGGCUGGUAUUUGGCUGGUAUUUGAUUAUCACCAAUGAAAUUGUUCAAUUUAAAUGAAAAUGCAUUUUUAUUAUGAUGAUGAUGAUUAUUAUUAUUAUUAAAUAAACAUAUGGUACUCAAAUUA